AUGUUCAUUUGUACUACUACUACUACUACUACUACUACUACUACUACUACUACUACUACUACUACUACUACUACUACUACUACUACUACUACUACUACUACUACUACUACUACUACUACUACUACUACUACUACUACUACUACUACUACUACUACUACUACUACUACUACUACUACUACUACUACUACUACUACUACUACUACUACUACUACUACUACUACUACUACUACUACUACUACUACUACUACUACUACUACUACUACUACUACUACUACUACUACUACUACUACUACUACUACUACUACUACUACUACUACUACUACUACUACUACUACUACUACUACUACUACUACUACUACUACUACUACUACUACUACUACUACUACUACUACUACUACUACUACUACUACUACUACUACUACUACUACUACUACUACUACUACUACUACUACUACUACUACUACUACUACUACUACUACUACUACUACUACUACUACUACUACUACUACUACUACUACUACUACUACUACUACUACUACUACUACUACUACUACUACUACUACUACUACUACUACUACUACUACUACUACUACUACUACUACUACUACUACUACUACUACUACUACUACUACUACUACUACUACUACUACUACUACUACUACUACUACUACUACUACUACUACUACUACUACUACUACUACUACUACUACUACUACUACUACUACUACUACUACUACUACUACUACUACUACUACUACUACUACUACUACUACUACUACUACUACUACUACUACUACUACUACUACUACUACUACUACUACUACUACUACUACUACUACUACUACUACUACUACUACUACUACUACUACUACUACUACUACUACUACUACUACUACUACUACUACUACUACUACUACUACUACUACUACUACUACUACUACUACUACUACUACUACUACUACUACUACUACUACUACUACUACUACUACUACUACUACUACUACUACUACUACUACUACUACUACUACUACUACUACUACUACUACUACUACUACUACUACUACUACUACUACUACUACUACUACUACUACUACUACUACUACUACUACUACUACUACUACUACUACUACUACUACUACUACUACUACUACUACUACUACUACUACUACUACUACUACUACUACUACUACUACUACUACUACUACUACUACUACUACUACUACUACUACUACUACUACUACUACUACUACUACUACUACUACUACUACUACUACUACUACUACUACUACUACUACUACUACUACUACUACUACUACUACUACUACUACUACUACUACUACUACUACUACUACUACUACUACUACUACUACUACUACUACUACUACUACUACUACUACUACUACUACUACUACUACUACUACUACUACUACUACUACUACUACUACUACUACUACUACUACUACUACUACUACUACUACUACUACUACUACUACUACUACUACUACUACUACUACUACUACUACUACUACUACUACUACUACUACUACUACUACUACUACUACUACUACUACUACUACUACUACUACUACUACUACUACUACUACUACUACUACUACUACUACUACUACUACUACUACUACUACUACUACUACUACUACUACUACUACUACUACUACUACUACUACUACUACUACUACUACUACUACUACUACUACUACUACUACUACUACUACUACUACUACUACUACUACUACUACUACUACUACUACUACUACUACUACUACUACUACUACUACUACUACUACUACUACUACUACUACUACUACUACUACUACUACUACUACUACUACUAUUACAGAAUUUCUUAAUCCAUGCACAGUGUCCAUGGGGUCUCAAUAUAAAACUGUUAAUUAA